GGGCAGUGCAGCCUGAGAUAACGGUCAGUGGACGCAAAUGGCUAGUGACUGGAAAAAACUGUGGGGAUCGAGCGGUGCCGGGUUGUGAAUACACAGAUCCCUGUGGUGCUGCUCUAUAGCGCCGGAGUCCCCGCAGUUGCUCCUGUAAAGAAAGAACAGUUAUUUAGACUCACCUGUUUCCCAGUACCCUUUCCAUCAUGGCCGGAGUCCUGUCCACUGCUCCUCAAGCUGAGACAUCUGGAUGGCGUCAUCAGGAGGGAGGUCCCACUGUGAGUAACAGUGUUAGAAGCCUAUAAGAGGGCGUAAACUGGGUUCAACGCCACCUCCCCUCUUCAAAAGUGGUCAAUCUAUGAAUGCAGUAACGGCUCACCAGCACCGCCGCACCUGAAGCCACAACUAGAAUGACAGCAGCCAAACUGAAAAGUACACACAUGAUGCAGGUUGCACCGUCUGUGAUAAAUGUCACUACAAGCCCACGUGUUUUACCUCAGAGUGUUCAAGCAUGAAGAGCUUCUUCUCUGUGGCUCUGACCAUAUGUGACCCAGUUCUGUUACUGGUGAGAUCUGGAGUCUUUUGUUUAUAAUAUAUUGUCACCAAAAACACUCUUUGUUCUACGAUUUUUCCAUUCCGCUGCGGUAUGCUUGAUCAAACGUGAAGCCACAACUUUAUUAUCGGAAACACCAGCACCUGUACAAAGCACUAUAAAGUAUUCGGGUUUACACGGCAAACGCACACAAGCCUCUCGCAGGAGACCACUCUGCAGAAAGCUGACUACAGAGACGUAAGAUGUAUGUACUAAGAGCCACUGCACUGGUGACUGCCCUAAUUCGCCUUCUCGAAGUUUCCGAGAGUAUGCAAUGCCAUUUCUCUAGGAAUAUGAAGUUCCCGCAGAAUGUGUCAGUCAGUCUUAAUAUCAGUGGCAUCAGCAAUAACUAUGGGAUGGAAGACAGGAUACAUCUGCGCUCUCUCUCUCCAUGGAAUUACAGAAUGGACAAAGAUGAGAACAGAUUUCCAGCCGUCAUCGCUGAAGCCGUAUGUCGCCACUCCUCGUGUCUGGAUGCAGAGGGCGUAGAAGACCCCAAGCUGAGUUCUGUGCCCAUCAUGCAGGAGUUACUGGUCAUCCGGAGAGAGACUAGAGGUUGCCAGCAGACGUUCCGGCUGCACAGGCAGUGGGUCAGUGUUGGCUGCACCUGCAUCAGACCCGUUAUACGGGAUUCUGCAUAAGAUGCAUGGAGACCAUGCACCGCACCAAAUGCAAUAUGGACUUUACGUGAUACAUUUACUUUUUUUUUUCUGAAAAUCUGUUUGAUUGAAACACAAAACACGAGUUUAUGAGAUACAUUUACAUUUUAAUAUUAAUACUUAUUUUCCUGCUUAAUCGAUUCAUUUUUAUAUCACACUUUAUUUAGGUCUGAGAUAAGACAAUGCAAUAGCAGUAAUGCAUAAUUGCGUAACAACUUUCUCAAUGUCAAAUAUGUGAGAGAAAUGUUUUUUUUUUAAUUUAUUUUUUAAAGCAUAUACUGUAUAUUAUCUCGGAAAUACCUGUAUAUUACUUUCAC